AUGCACUUCAACAGUCCCAAAGCCCUGCUGCUAGCAACAUGGCUCGCCCAAGUAGCCACCCCACGUCCGUUCUCACCGCCCUCGUCAGCAAACGCGAUCUUCUUCCUGACCAACGACGCAACCAACGCCGUAGUCGCCGUUCCAAUCUCCAGCGAUGGAAAGCUCUCAGGCGGCACCGUGACUCCCACCGGUGGCGCUGGCUCCAACAGCGUCAAUGCCAUGACAGGAGAACCUGAUGCGCCCGAUGCCCUGAUCGGGCAGUCUGCACUGGCUGUGUCCGGGCAGCACGUCUUCGCAGUCAACGCAGGCAGCAAUACGCUGACCAUGCUGACCAUCGACCGCGCCGAUCCCACGAAGCUUACCAUCCUCGGUCAACCAGUCCCGGUACAAGGAGAGUUUCCCAACACGGUGGCAAUCUCGCAAAAGCAUCGACUCGCUUGCGUGGGCACAACGGGAGCCCAAAAUGGCGUCUCGUGCGCGCCCUUUUCGCGCGAAGGACUCGGGCAGUUCGACGGUCUGAGGUCCUUCGGGCUGAACCAAACCACACCGCCCGAGGGGCCGACCAACAGCGUCUCCCAGCUCUUGUUUUCGGAAGAUGAGUCGGCGCUGUUUGCGACCGUCAAGGGGAAUCCCGCGGUCAAUACCACGGGAUUCUUCUCGACGUUUCCGGUGCAGACCCAGGGCAAGCAAGCCAGCGUUUCGACCCAGGACGUUCGCAGCUCCCCCCACGGAACAGCGGUCCUCUUCGGCUCAAAGACCAUCCCAGGCACCUCGUCCGUUUUCGUGACCGACGCCUCGUUCGGCGCAGCCAUCUUAUCAGUGAACCCCGCAGAUGGCGAGGCUGCGUUGGUGGCAAAGCAAACUAUCGAGGGCCAGCGCGCCACGUGCUGGGCGACGAUCUCGUCCACGACAAGCACCGCGUUCGUGACGGACGUGCUGAGAGAGCGGCUGGUGGAGAUGAGCUUGUCGGACGCGAGCAUCUUGAGCAUCACGGACCUAAAUACGGGCGCGCCGGGGCUGCUGGAUCUAGAAGCGGUGGGCGAUAUGAUAUAUGUGCUUAGCCCUGGCAAUGGAUCGACGCCCGCGGCGGUGUCGGUUAUGGAUGCGUCGGGUGGUGGCGCCGCGUCGGUGGAGUUAGUGCAGCAGUUCGAUGUGUCCGGCCUCGGGGUUGGGCCGAAUGCGCAGGGCAUGGCGGUGCUGAGGCCCUAG